UUUUGGUUGUGCUCCGAUAAAAUUUCAGGAGGUGCGCUAAUCAAAUCAGCCAUCUCAUCUUUCUCCCCAUCUUCCACAUUCUCCAAGUUUUCAAAAUGGCACCUGUGGGCAAGCUCUAUUGUGUCCCUACCAUGUAUCAGACCAAGACGAUCAGGAGCGUCUGUGCACUAGCAGGUCUUGAGCUGGAGAUCCCCGAGUACAAGCACUUUUCGGACAACCAGAAGCCAGAGUUUCUUGCCAAGUUCCCUCAUGGAAAGAUCCCCGCUUUCGAGGGCGCAAACGGCUUUAACCUCACGGAGGGUGCCCCGAUCGCGCGGUAUCUUGCCGGGCUUGCUCCCAACUCUGGCCUUCUCGGCUCAACACCAGAGGAUGUCGCAACCGUUGAUCAAUGGGUUCACUUUGCCGAAUCAGAAAUUGCCACAUUCACCGAUGUAAUUACAGGGAUGCUUAACAACUUCGUCCCCUACAGCAAAGGCAUCCACACCUUCAUGGCUGAGCACCAAUUGCGCAGCCUUAACACCCUCGAAGCUCAUUUGAGCACCCGUACCUUCCUCGUUGGCGACCGCAUCACUCUUGCUGACAUCGCUGUUGCCUCUGUUCUCCAGCGCGCCGUUGUCGUCACCGCAGAUGCCGCUGUACGCGCCAAACUUAUCAACACUGUUCGCUUCUUGGAGACUAUUGUGCAUCAGCCCAAACUCGAAGCUAUCUACGGUCCUACUGAGUACAGCGAGAAGGCGCUGCAAUACGUCCCUCCCAAAAAGGAGAAGGCGCCCGCACCCCCGGCCGCACCAAAAGAGAAGAAAGAGAAGCCAAAGAAAGUUGCUGAGGACGAUGAGGAGGAUGAUGGCAACCUUGUUCCUGAGGAGCCCAAGGAGAAGAAUCCCUUGGAACUGCUCCCAAAGAGCACGUUCAACCUUGAGGACUGGAAACGCGCCUACAGCAACAAAGAUACGCGCGGCGCUGAUGGUUCGCUGGAGUGGUUCUACGCCAACUUCGAUAAGGAGGGUUUCUCCGUCUGGCGCGUAGACUUCAAAUACAAUGAAGAACUCACGCAAGUCUUCAUGUCCUCUAACCAGAUCGGUGGCUUCUUCAACCGCCUGGAGGCAUCGCGCAAGUACCUCUUCGGAUCGGUGGGCGUGCUUGGCCAGGCCAAUGCGUCUAUUAUCACCGGUGUCCUCAUCCUGAGGGGCCAAGAGUCAAAGGCGGCCGUAGACUGCGCACCAGACUUUGAAAGCUACAAUUACACCAAACUAGAUGUGUUCGGUAACCAAGAGGAGAAAGCCUUCUUUGAGGGCGCACUUGCAUGGGAUCUGGAAGUCGAUGGCAAGAAAUGGGCAGAUGGAAAGAACUUCAAGUAAAAAGUACUGAUGGGCCGGAGAACGCGGGACUUUUGGGAAGCUGCAGUAUUGAUUUCGUGUAUUAUCGUGUCUCUUAUAUGUAGAUCUUGUUACUUUGAACCAUCCGUUGACCUACGUUUGUGGAAGAGUAGUGGUUACACACACUGUCUAGUGUUACACUCGAUGCCUCUUACUUAGAAGUUGGUCAGAAGAUGAACGCGUUUAAAGUUCGUAGCUAAUCGUCAGUUAAACCGAUUACGUACCACCAGUUCUGAAUCAUCUAGUCACAUUGGUC